AUGUCACACGCUGAGCUCGACCCUUACACCGCCAAGGCGCAGAAUGACGAUGUCACGCCUCAGCAGAAGAUCACCGACCUCCAUGCCAUCCUGAAGGCCGCGCCCACAGGCAUGCUCACCUCUCGUGCUGCCGACGGUUCUCUUCACUCUCGCGCAAUGGCGCCUGCCGGCCCGUUCGAGCCUACACAGGUCAGCCUCGUCUUCAUCGCCAACAAGGCGUCGUGGAAGAUGGACGAGGUCGCCAAUGACGCGCACGUCAACGCGAGUUUCUUCAACCCCUCCAGCACUGACUGGGCUAGCUACGCGGGUCAAGCGAAGAUCAUCACUGACAAAGAAGUCAUCAAGAAGCAUUGGAACCCGCUGGUUGCGGCAUGGUUCGGUGACCUCAAGGAUGGCGUGCACAAGGGUGACGCAGAAGACCCACGCGUCAUCGCCAUUGAACUUGUACCCGACGAGAUCCGCUACUGGGUCUCAACAAGCGGAAAGAUCGCGCGCACUGUCGACGUUGCCGUUGGUGCUGUAACUGGCAAGACCUCCGCACCGGGCGAGCUUCGUACCAUCACGAAGCAAGAGAUCCAACUUACUCAGGGUCUGCACUCGAAGACAUCGUGGAUUGAACUUGCAUCAUUCAAAUCACUGUACUUGUAA